AUGGUCACACUCCCAAUCGGCACAUACUUCUUUGUGGUGAACUACGUGCUCGUCGGCAACAACACGAUCGCCGGCGCUCUAGCGGCCGUCAUGGCGAACGUGGUACUGAUAGCAUACAUCGUGGUGGCGUAUUCAGAAGAUCAGGCAGAGCAGGCGGAGGAAGCUGAGAAGAAGAAGAAAGGACAGUAG